ACGAGUGUUUAAAAAUGAAACGCGUCUUCCUUCUGUUGUCAUUGGUUUCCAGCAGCCUGUGCUCUGAGAGUAACAGCGACCUGGUAACUGGGACCAGCAUGGCAGUCUGCCAACCUGACACCUGCGCCCUGCUCAGCGAGGUGGCAGCCAUGAGGGAGAAGCUGGCAGCCGUGACACAGACACAGAGCACCCUCCAGCAAAUCCUUAGCGCCAUGACGCAGAAAAUGGCCACCGCCGAAGCCAGCUUGCAGUUUUUCAAAAGCCAGGCUGAGGAGCUGCGGAAGAUCAACGCGGCUCAGGACGAGCAACUGAAGGCACUCGCAGCGGUCACAUCUGCAAGUUCGGCAAAGAUGGCUUUCACCGCUGCUUUAGGGAGCUCCGUAGGUCCGUUUGAACAAGACACACCAGUCAAAUAUCAAAAAACCCUCUCCAACAUCGACCACAGCUACAACCCCGCCACCGGCAUGUUCACAGCCAGGGUCAGAGGAAUGUACUACUUCAGCUUCACCAUGUACAACAACAGCUCCGGAAAGCCCAACUCGGUGGUGUCGCUGAUGAUGAACAGCCAGAUGUUGGUGUCUACCUGGGACACUGAGGGGGACGAUUACCACGGCAGCGCGACCAACGGCGCGGUGGUGCAGCUGGAGGCCGGAGACAGCGUGUACGUGAAGCUCUACGCACACAGAGUGCUCUAUGACGACAGCAAUCACUACAACACCUUCAGAGGUUUCCUGCUCUUCACACUGUGAUCAAACAAGUGUGACGAGGGGGAGGGGAUUAAUCCCAGAUCCCGAGUGGUUAAUCUGUUCUAUAAAACAAUCUGUCUCAAGUUUCUUGUUCAUUUCUGCUGAUUAUUUGUUAUUAUUCAACCGUUUAAAUGACAAUAAAUGUAGAAAGACAUUAUUGUGUAAUACUAAUGCAAUUGU